UCCGCUCUCGCUCUUCUUGUCUCGUUCUCUCCUAGAUUCGUUCCACCAAAGCUACCCUAGUUUUUUUUUUGAUCCGCAAGCUACCCUAGUUGUUAGCCUGUUUCAAACAUCAAAGCCAGUACUUCUCUCCGAGUACCAGUUCCUCGAUCUUUUUCGCAAAUAAUAAUGAAGGAGAGAAUGUCAACACCACGUAUAUGUCGUCUCAAGACUGGGUCCAUUAUUGCAUCCACUGCGGCAUCUUUCUUAAGAGUUGUUAAGGGGUUUUUCGCGGUGUUACGGGAAUGCAGGAAGUUGUCGGAUCUUAUCUCAACACCUUCACUCCAGUCAUUGUUGAUCGAGAAAACAAGUCCAUCUACGUCUCUAACUACGGAGGAAGAACUGAUGGUGAAGUUCAUAUUUGAUGAGAAUUGCAUACAAGGGGAAUCUGUCAUUGCAAUGAGGCUUCAUUUUACUAAUUCGGUUGAAAUUGCUACUCGUCAGCAUAUGUGUUGUCUGAAACCCUAUGCUUGGAUACUUACUAUCGUCAUAAACAUGGUAGUUAUUCAACUGACAAAUAAACAAAGGACGAAAUACCCGGAUGGAAAGCAUAGGAUUUGGUACAUGCCGUUAUAUGUCUCGCAAAUGAUCAUUAAGAAUGAGGUAUACGAGGAAAACAAUAAACGUGUAGCAGACUUAUAUUUCAAAAAGCAAGGAUACACUGGUCCAAUUGAUGCUCUUGAUGAGAUUUAUAUACCGUUCAACUACAAUAAUCAUCAUUGGAUGUGCUUGAAGAUUGAUAUGGUGCGACAUGUAGCCUAUCUAUUCGAUUCGAAGCCAUCUCGAACCUUUGGCAAAGAUAGAAAAAAAAAGGGUGAACUACUGGUUAAAAAUAUGCAUGAGGUACUGAAGCAUGCGUAUGGGUCGAACUAUGUCCAAGAUGUGAGCCUGUAUAAGGUGCAUUGGCUCACAGAACAACCCUUGCAAUUGGAUAAUUAUAACUGUGGGUUAUUUGUUAUAAAGUACAUGCAGAGUGCACCGUUGUCGCCUGGUUUUCAAAUGUUCGAUCCAAUUGAAAGGUGCAGGUUGCUGGUAGACUUGUUGAAAGAUGUGGAUAAUAGACGUUUUUUGGAGUUUAAAAAUCAGUUUGACAUGUAUAACAUGAGGUAGGUUCAAGCACAAUAACAUUGCAACCUAUCUUUCGUGUAAUUUUUCUUAUUCAUUUUUUAUAUCAACGUUACAGAAUCUACUCUCCUUAUAUGCAGGUAAAAUAGAAUUAAGGCAUACUUCAGGAUGACUAGGCUAGUAUGACUGAUAAUGCGGCUAAAAAGGUU